AUGAUCUGCUUUCCCCUGUACGAGCUCAUCGUCUUGAGCAAGAGAGCCAUGAUCUUGCACUUCCUGAUACCAGGCAUCGAUCACAACUCCGACACUGGAUAUGUGAUUAUGUUUGGCAUCCACUCCGUGUUCUUGAUGUUGGGCGCAUUCGGCAACUUUGGCGGCGACAUGUAUCUAUUUUUGUUCAUUAUUAAUAUUCCGCUGCUGAGGGACAUAUUUAGUGAGAAAUUCAAAGAGCUCAACGAGCUGGUCGUGCAGCCAGACAAGUAUGAGGAGAUGCAUGCCAAGCUCUGGGAUCUACUGGACUGGCAUCAGAAGUACGCAACAAUAUUGCGAGGGACAAAGAAAGUAUACACGGCUGUCAUGUUUGUCCAGCUCAUAUCAACUUGUUAUGGCAUUCUGUUCACUAUCUGCUGCAUCUUCAUGAGAAACUGGCCCACAGCGCCAUUCUACUUACUAUAUUGCUUCAUCGUGCUCUACUCCUUUUGCGGUCUGGGCACCAUUGUAGAAAACACGAACGAACAAUUCACAAAUGAAAUUUACUCGAACUGCCUGUGGUACGAGAUGCCAGUGAAGGAGCAGAAGCUCAUCAUCCUCAUGCUGGCCAAGUCCCAGGACGAACGCUCCCUAACUGCGGCGGACAUGCUCCCACUGUCGAUGACAACUGCUCUGCAAUUGACCAAGGCCAUCUACAGUUUCAGCAUGAUGAUGAUUACGUACUUGGACUACGAGAUAUAAAAGCGAGAUUAUCAA